UCGCAUUUUUUCGUCUUAUACUUAUAUAUUGAGAUGGGAGGGGAUUCCAAAAACAUCUCCCCACCUUGCCCGAGUUGUUUUUGGCUAAAAAAAUAAAAAAACAUACACAUCAAAUUUAGGGCUGUGUCCACCAUUUUAUAACUCAACCCCAAUAUUUCCUCUUAAUUCACAAUUGACCCCAUGGUAGUUUGAUUAUCUCCCCAAUAGAGGAAUCUUUCACCAAUCUCUCCACCAGCUGCUUUGUUGGCUCUGUCCCGGCUGUUGUUAGUGAAGAAAAGAGCCGCUAACAAUGUUUUCUCUCAAACCCAAAAAAUCUUGAGUCUGCCAGUGAAUAAGAACUUGGGGUUGGGGCUUCAAUUCAUACUUUUUUAGCUUGGAAGCUUUGAGCUUUACCCACUGCAAAUUUCAGCAAUUUUAUUUAUAAACUGGAACUCAACGCCCCCCUCCCCCUUCCCCCUCCACACACACAAAAAAAAAAGAAAAGGUUUGUUUUGGUUCUGAUCAUAAUGAAGACCCAUGAUUUCAUUUCACAACAUUCUGAACAGAAUGAACCAUUUGUUCACCCGAAUCAAAUGAGGUUGAAUUUCUCUUUGUCAUGCAUAAUAGGAUAAAUUUUUGAAAAUUCCUUCUUUUUUUAUUGAAAUCUUAAAACAAAGAGAUAAUUGAGAACAUGAUAAUAAUGUGGAAGCAAUUCAAAGGCUUCACAGCAGAAGCAGAUAAGAGUGUCUGUGCUCAGAAUUUGUUCUCUUGUUUGUUUAAAAUACAAAUUUAAUCUUUUUUCCUUCAAUGAUUAUCAUAUCUUAAACUUCAACAAUUUUUAACUAGUUGCUGUAGAACUGAGCAUCUUCUUGAAGUAAGGAUCUUCUCUUUGGUAUCAAGGGGCAAGUAAUUCCUACAUCUUGAUAUGAAGGAAGAAGACAUAAAUAGGUGCCAGAUUCAGAAAUGGUACCCGAACUUCAAAUCCUGCUCCAUAAAAACCACAGUUCAUGACCUUCCAGAGUCCUUUGUCCAAUACCUGCUCGAUGAUUCUGGUCCAUUCCUUCUCCCUCUUUCAAUUACAAAUGAUGAUCCCCUGCCAAAGAGAGUCCAUAAACCUGAAGAGGAAGAAGAAUUUGUCGCAGUAGAGGGAUCUGGCGAUGAAGCAGAGGAACCCAUAUCACCCCCGUCUUUUCCGGAACUAGAAAUGGAAAUUAAAGCAUCCAUCGAAUUCCUCGGGGGAGCCAUCUUUCCUAAGCUUAACUGGAGUGCACCUAAAGACUCUGCUUGGAUCAGUUCAACGGGGAAUCUCAAAUGUACCAGUUUCUCCGAGAUUGCCCUUCUGCUACGGUCAUCUGACUCAAUUGUCCAUGAUCUUUACCAUGCAUAUGAUUCAUGCACAGAUAAAACUGCAUCAAGGCCAUCAAGUUUCUUCCUUGCACUCCGCAAAUGGUACCCUUCUCUAAAGCCUGAGAUGGAAUUUCGUUGCUUUGUACGCCAUAAACUCCUUGUGGGCAUUUGUCAACGGGAGUUAACUAACUUUUAUCCUGCUCUUCUUGAGAAGAAAUAUGAUUUGAAAAUUAUGAUUGGGGAAUUUUUCAUGGAGAAGGUGAAGGGGAAUUUUGGAUCUGAGAGCUACACAUUUGAUGUGUAUGUCAGAAAAGAUGGACGAGUUAAGCUUUUGGAUUUCAACCCUUGGGGUGCAUCUACCCUACCCCUGAUGUUUACUUGGGAUGAAUUGGAAGAGAAGUUGAGAGAAGGCGGCAAGGAGUUGGAAUUUAGGAUUGUGGAGAGCCGGUGUGGAAUUCGUCCAGGUUUAAAAACUGCAGUUCCUUAUGAUUAUUUGGAUACAAGUCAAGGAAGUGGUUGGGAUCAGUUCAUAAGAAAUGUUGAUGAGGAAUUGAGGCGGCAGACAUCAGCAGGAGCUUGAGCAUAUGCUUACGUAGAGUGGUUGCAGUGGUAUUCAUUCAAUGUAAUCCUUCUUUUUUCGUUUUCUUAUUUCAUCAAAUUCAGCAGCUAGUAGAAGGAAAUAGUUGGAAUAUUGAAUUUGUUAGGUUAGUUUUCAAGAAUCCACGUGUGUAAGAUAGGAGUAGAUCACUGAUAACCUGAGUCCUCAUGCUAGGGCAAGUAGAAAAUAUGGGUAGAUAGUGGUAAGAAGAUGUCGAGGAACAACUCUGUUGUCACGUGAAAGCUCGAGAUGCUCUUGACUUGGCUGAAUACUAAGAUCAUAGUAUUUUUACUCUCUACGUGUAUUUU